AUGACACACACGCCCCCCUUCAAACUUCGUCGACCCUCACUACUAAAAUCCCAGGCUUUCGUUGACGGAAAAUGGAUUGGAGCCAAGUCCGGAAAGCUCUUCAACAUAUUAGAUCCGGGUACCGGAGAAAAUUGGGCAUCCGUUCCCGAUAAUGGAGCUGCUGAUGUCGACGCGGCUGUUCAGGCAGCGCAAAACGCCUUUGUCACAUAUAGCAAGACCAGUCCUAGAGAACGUUUCCAUUACUUGCUGAGAUGGAGUAGGCUGAUUGAAGAGAACAAAGAGGAUCUUGCAACCAUUGUAACUUACGAAACUGGAAAGCCAAUCUCAGAAUCUCUUGCCGAAAUUGACUAUGCCGUAGCUUCGUCCUACUGGUUCGCGGCCGAGGCCGACAGAGUUCAGGGAGCUUGCUUCAAUUCUUCAGUGAGAGGGAAAAAGGUUAUAACAGUCAAACAACCAAUUGGGGUAGUUGCCGCUCUCGUUCCAUGGAAUUUUCCUGUCUCAAUGACAGCACGCAAGGCUGGAGCUGCAUUAGCUGCAGGCUGUACAAUGGUUUUAAAGCCAUCGCCGGAGGCACCAAUGGCGAUUCUUGCUCUCAUGGUGCUUGCGAACGAAGCAGGGUUGCCGAAUGGUGUCAUUAACGUGCUCACAACCAGUCUGAUCAAUACCCCUGCACUUAGCGAAGCUCUUUGCAGACACUCUGGAAUCAAAAAGGUGACAUUCACGGGUUCGACACGCGUCGGAAAGUUGAUCUCAAAGAUGUGUUCGUCGAGUCUCAAAAAGGUGACCCUGGAACUGGGCGGAAACUGUCCUUUUCUUGUUUUCGACGACGCAAAUUUGGACCAAGCGGCUGAUGCACUGAUGGCGCUCAAAUGGAGAAAUGCCGGCCAAGCCUGUGUCACUGCAAACCGUGUCUUCGUCAAGGCGGGAAUAUAUGAUAAAUUCGUGAGCAUCAUAAUUGAACGAACGACGAAGCUCGUCGUUGGACAUGGAGGCGAUCCAUCCUCAAGCAUUGGUCCAGUUACUACGACCCAAAGCCUUGAUCGAGCAGAUGAUCAAGUAAAGGAUGCACGGCGUCAUGGAGCAAGGAUACUGCUGGGUGGAGAACGGAUCAAGUCCUGUAAAGGCUUCUUUUUUCAGCCCACGAUCAUUGGGGAGGCCAACAGAAAUAUGAGGGUUUCUGACGAGGAAAGUUUUGCGCCUAUCUUGACUUUUUACAAAUUCGCAACCGAGGAAGAGGCUGUUUUGUUUGCGAACGACACUUCUAUGGGUCUGGCAUCAUAUGUCUUCACCAAGGACCUGGAUCGAGCCUGGAGAUUAUCCGAUGAACUUGAGGCAGGGAUGAUCGGCGUGAACACAAGUGGAAUUUCAGGUGUCGAAACCCCUUUUGGAGGCCUGAAGGAGUCAGGGUACGGCAAGGAAGCCGGGAAGGAUGUAGCGGUGGAUGAAUAUCUUGUGACAAAGGCAAUCUCGAUUGCUGUCGAAAGCCGCUUGUGA